AUGGGCCGUUGCAUUGCAGGUCUGUCAAUGGAUGAACCAAUAGAGAAAUUUUCCAAGUACUUAGUGUUUUCGACAAGCAGCAGAAUUACGGACCUGGCUUCUGAAGCCAUACUUCGUGGAUCUGAGUUGGCUCUGCCACCGGAUGUACCAGAGCUGUUGCGAGCAUUGCCUCUGGAGCACAUGAUUCCUGGUUCUAGUUGCUUGUUCAAAAGUGAGUCGGAAGAUCAGUGGAGCAGAGCAGAAAUUUCUGAAGUUUCGGAUCAAUCUUUACAUCUCAUUUUGAUGGACUUUUCGUGUGUACCUUAUUCAGAAGCAAUGAAUCUUAAAUCUGUACCUCAGAAAAUUAUGAACUUGCCAACAAGUAGCCUCUAUGGCGUCUUGCCUGCUACAGGGAAACUAUGGAAUAAUGAAGUCAGACUGUUUUUUCAAGACUUCCUAAGCAAACCAGGAUUAGUUUUUCAGUUCAGGGAGUAUGAUCCUGGAGCAGUAUUGGAAGUGGAUGUCAUUCGUGAGAAUGACAGUGUAGCAGAUAUGCUAGUGGCUCCCGGUUUUGCCAUGUAUCCUAAGGAUUCGGCUCAUCUGGACCGAAUUACUGCUCCUGCAUGUAGGAAAGCCCGU